AUUGCAUCUCCAGCGUCAGCAUGACCGAUGAGGAUGCUGAAGCUGCAAAUCGGCUAAAGGCCAUGUCAUCCUUGGGUACUCCUGAUCAUGGAUCACGGACAUCUUCCAUUACGGUCAACUACCUGCACUUAGAUCCUGACAAAGUUUUGUCAGCUUAUGGCAAAUACGGACGAUAUCAAAUGGUCACAUAUCUAAUACUAAAUAGUGUUCAUAUAUUAUUUGCUAUUAAUAUGAUGGUAAUGCCGUUUAUAACAGAAGACCCAAAAUUCGAAUGUCAAAUCACACCUCCGGAAGGUGUACAGUGGGAGUAUACUAUAGUAGACAAGUGUCAUGUAAAAGAUGGAAACAAUUGGACACUUACCUGUGAUAAUAUUCCGGGAGCCAAGUAUAAUUAUUCCGAUGUAAACCAUGAAUCACUGGCUACUGAGUUCAAUUUGGUUUGUGACAACUAUGAGUCUGUUGAGCAUGGCGCUUCCGUUUUCAUGCUAGGUGGAAUGAUUGUUGCCCCGAUUAUCACGCAGUUGUCGGAUCUGUAUGGUCGUCGAAUGACAUUCCUCAUUCCACUUUAUGUAGCUGUGGUGGCAAAUGUGAUCUGUGCCAUCGCUCCAAACUACAUGAUUUUCUUAAUUUUUAGAUUUGUAGCUGGAGUUUGCACAACGGGCUUUUCUGUCAUUGGAUGGGUUCUCUGUAUGGAAUCUGUUGCUCUAGAAUUUCGCUCAAUCACUCCGCUGAUGGGAAGUUUGACUUGGGUUAUUGGGUAUGUGGCUGCAGGAGUUCUGCACUUAUUCAUCUCAAACUGGCGUUGGCUCUACUUCGCUGUUUCCGUGCCUGGAUUACUAACAAUUCCUUUUUACUGGCUCACGCCCGAAUCUCUUCAUUGGCUAAUUACCAACAAGAAGAAGAAUGGAGUUUCAAAAUACAUUCGUACCUCAUCUCGCUUCAAUCGUGUGCAGAUCCCAUUACAUGAGUGCAAAUCCGCAGGCGAUCUUGAAGCAAAAGCUGAACAAAAGAAGCGAACGCUUUUGGAUAUAUUCAAGAGCCCUCCGCUUGUUCUCCACCUUAUUCUCAACGCAUAUGUUCUAAUCGUCAUGAAUGGAACUUACUGGGCACUCUCGCUCUUCUCAACGGAACUCAGCGAAGAUAAAAUGACUGGAUUUUUCCUUUCCGGUAUAGUUGAAAUUCCUGCAGGAUUAGCCGCUAUAGCACUUCUGAUUUACCUCGACAGAAAAACCGUAUCAGUCUUGACGCUGACACUGCAGGCAGUUUGUAUGGCUUGUGCACUUUACUUGCCAGUAGAUCCCCGGAUCGCCAUGAUAUUCCCGUUACUGGCGAAGGUAUGCAACACGAUAGUAUGGUGUUCGCAACCGCUGCUAUACACCGAGUCGACGCCAACCUCUGUACGAAAUGUAUUCUGCGGAGUCGCUGGAUUUCUCGGUGAUCUCGGCUCGGUAGCUGCACCUUACCUCAAAAGACUGGAAUCCAUUCAUAAAUCAGCGCCUGCAUUGGUGAUAGUAGUAAUGUCGCUGAUAUCGGCGGGGAUUGUAUUCAUCAUGCCGGAGACUAAAGAUAAGAAGUUGCCGGAAGACCUGGACGACUUUGACCCAGGACCACUACUGCGUUGGAUGAAGAAAAGGAAGGACGAGAAAGUGGAAGAGAAUUCGCCGAUGUUGGAGACAGAACCGCCGAAACCGAUAGCAACAGAUGGAAAGGCGGCUGAAUUUGAAGCCUAAAUUGAAGAUCUCCUUUAAUGUGACUUAUGAAGCUCUACAGUACCUGAAAAUACUGUGAUUCGAUAAUAAAAAGGCGCUUUCAUGAUGCUACUUACGUUUGUAUAACCUAAAAAUGUCAAUAAAGACAAUUUAUGAAAUAUUUCU